GGUUCUGCAUUUAAAUUACAAUUCUGUUAUUUUUGGCUAUUUUAAUAUACUGUUUAUAUGAAGUUUUAAACUGCUGGCUGCUAUUUAUUUUGGAGAGCGUCUGUAAAAUAUUCCAUUUACUGCUUUGAAACUCCAGCAAACUUGUUAAUUUUAUCACUUUCUGAUGACAGCUUAGUUCUUUGAGAAAUGCUGUCGUUUGUCUUAAUUCCAUGCAACUAUAUAUUGCCUCUCUAGUGAUUUUUUUUUUUUGCUCAGCACUUGAUUAGUUCCUGCUGAAGACAGUGGAGUAUGUGGCAGGGUAAAACAUCCAGAAAUGUUUCGGCAGUUCAGCCUGUAUCAGCAGGGUAUGUUCUCUGUCUGAGCUGGAAGAUGUUUUCCAUGCAGCUCUGGGUCCAGCAGCCUACAGUUGUCAAUUUUAUUUUGUGUUAUUCUGAAUAUGGUAGUCAAAUAACAGGGGCCGUGCUCUGCAGCUGGAGUCCAAGACAGACUUGUGUGAGGUAUGCUUUCUUCUCCUCGAGCAGGUGGCAGAAUAAAAAGUAUUCUGACAUUGACUCGGUGAAAAUACCCUUCUGCAAGUUUAUAAUCAAAGAUACCUUCUUUAAAUGCAGUCUUCUAUUGAAGCUUGACUGAUCAUCACCAUCAAAUUAAACUAUAGGGAUAAGUAUUCAUCGCAGAUAGGAUAGCUAGGUGUUUCAGAUGAGGCCAGAAUCAGCUGGCAUGCUAACUUUGCUGGUUCAUUUGACUAAGAAAAUAAAAGCUUCUCAAUGCACUGAUGGUGUCCCAUCUGUGUACUUAUGAACUUGGAAAUGCAGUGUUGCUGUAGGCACUUUGUAGAUGGGUUCUCAGUGGAGGAUGACUCAUAUUUAGUACCACAGCUGGCCUUUUUUGUUUUCUUUCUUCUCCAUGCCUGAAGUAUAUGAAUGGCGUAAUUACAGUGACUGCUUUGAAGCCCUUGAGAGUCUAAAAUGUGAAAAAUGUGAAAGGCCUUAUGUAGCACUAAAUACCUAUCAAAUAAUUUUUUUACUAUCUUCAUGUCCAUACAUACUGUUUAGUACUUUGUAAGAACAAAAAAAUUGCCAACAGUUUUUGGUUUCUAACUCUUAGAAUACUUUCAUAAUAAAAACAGGGGAACCCUCUCUUUCUGCCUGUAGUUCACUGGCAGCAAGCAUGCCUGCUCUUCACUGUAGCCCUGAGAAGCCAUUUCCAUUUAGCAGUAGUUCCAAAGAGUUUGUUUUUGUGUGAAUCAGCCUCUAAAAUGCACUUUUCCCAUUUGCAGUCCUCUCCCUUAAGUAGCUCAGGAGAGUGUCAUGUUGGUGAAGUUAUAUUCCAUGCUAACAUUUGCCUCCCUUAUUUGCCCUUCUUGUCCUGACAGAGGGAUGUCCUGUACAGCCUGGGAGACGCUGCAGUACAGUCCUUUAUUGAAAAAGUUCUCAUUGUGCAAAAUUAUUGAAAUAAAUGGGAAUUUUCCAUACAGUGGUUUUUCGAGAUAGAUUCCAAAUACAAACAGUUAUAAAUAUAGGAGAUUUUUUUUGGCUUUGAUUUUUGUAUAUAAUGACUCUGUAUCUGUGUCAUAAUGGCAUCUUGUUCCUCCCAAAUUAUUUUGACACAUCUUGUCAUAAAUAGACAUUUUACAGCAAUUCUGUGAGCUGAAGUAUAGGUUGACUAUGAAUGCUAUACGGCAAUUGAAAAGUGAACAUAAAUAUUGUGAAUUUUUUGUCAUGUAAUGGGCCUUUUUACAUGGUAAUAGAAAGUAGGUUAUAGUGUAGACCCACAGUGUUUUUAUUUAUGGCACGCAUGAAGCUUACUAUGUAACAUGUCAGUUAUGAUCUCAUUCAACACACUGAAUUUUGUGUAAAAAUUAGGACGUUGAUGAGAACUGGUUGAAGCAAAAUGUUGGCACUACAGUAGAAGUAUUAUUAAUAGUCAGAAAUUGGGACAGUGUUAUCAGUGAUUCUAUUAAAAAAAAACUAGUGCAGCUGACUUUGACAGUGCAAUGCAAAUGCUGAAUGGAUUCAGAACAGAAGGUGUGGGAACCAUAUGUUUGUUUUGUACCAAUUUUAUCUUCUUUCAGUUCAAAAAUCUUACUCUUUGGUCAUAGAAGUACUACCUAAAAUUCCUAACACUCUUGUCAUGCCUAGGUAACUUCUCUGUAGCAGAUCCACGUCUGAACUCCCAUUGUCAAAGGGCUAAAUCCUACCUCCAGGCAGACUCCUAUAAUGGUUCUACUGGCAAAGAAUGGUAUUUGGGUCAAGGGAAAGACAGCAGAGCCUACAGCUUACCUCAUUCUUGUAAAGCCGGUUCUUCCACUACAGUUGGAUAUUGAGCACCUUUACUUUAGAAAGAUGCCUUGCUCUUUAGCAAUGAUAUUUUUACUGGCCAGUGACAUUCCUAUCCCCAUUCCCAAAGAGGGAGAGGUUUCCUCCCAACCUUUUCUUCUAAACUCUGCCACUCAGUUCUUUUGGAUUGUAUGGCUUUAGGAGUUUUGAAUCAUGGAAUUAGUGUUGGGUUUUGAAUAAACUUUAAGGAAUUAAAGAUCAGGUAGAACUACAGAUGACACAGCCAAAGUCAAGACAUCACGUGAACAGAUGAGAAGCGGCAUUGCCUUCUGAGAACAUUAGCUUCCUAGUUGCCUGAGAUCUUAAGUGCAACGUCACUACCAAAAAAGACUGUGACAUUAUGUGAUCAUUGAGCAGAGGUUGCAAGGAUGGAAAAGCUAAGGACCCCUCCAGCUGUAUUGCAUAAAUAAAAAAAAAAUAAUAAAGAUCCAGUUGAAUCAAAAAAUUAGUCCAGCCAUGGGAGAAAAUGCAAGUUUUUGGGAAAGCUUGAUAUAUGCACAUCCUACCUGCACAACUUGGAAGCAAGAGGCAGAGGGAUCUAUCUACCAUCUAGCUAGUAUUCUCUUUGUUGUUGGCUUCAUGGGUGGAAGUGGAUUCUUCGGGCUACUUUAUGUUUUCAGUUUGCUUGGACUGGGCUUUCUCUGCUCUUCUGUUUGGGCUUGGCUGGAUGUCUGUGCUGCUGAUAUAUUCUCCUGGAACUUUAUACUGUUUGCUAUAUGCUUCGUACAGUUCAUUUAUGUUACGUACCAAGUUCGGAGUGUGUCCUUUGACAAAGAAUUCCAGGAACUCUACAGCGCUGUUUUUCAACCUCUAGGAAUUUCCUUAACUGUCUAUAGGAAGAUUGUCUUGUGUUGUGAUGCAGAAGUGGUUACUCUGGAGAAGGAGCACUGUUAUGCUAUGCAAGGCAAAACACCUAUUGAUAAACUGUCCUUGCUUGUAUCAGGCAGGAUCAGAGUGACAGUUGAUGGAGAGUUUCUGCACUAUAUUUUUCCUCUUCAAUUUCUGGAUUCUCCUGAAUGGGAUUCACUGAGGCCCACAGAAGAGGGUAUUUUCCAGGUAACGCUUACAGCAGAGACAGAUUGUCGAUAUGUGGCCUGGAGGAGAAAGAAGCUGUAUUUGCUGUUUGCUAAACACCGUUUCAUCUCACGCCUGUUCUCAAUUUUAAUUGGGAGUGACAUUGCUGAAAAACUAUAUGCCUUGAAUGACAGAGUGCAAGUGGGAAAAGGAUUUAGAUAUGACAUUCGGUUACCAAACUUCUACCAUGUUUCACUUCCAGAGACACCUACAGUGCAGCCCUCUCAACACCUACAGAGAAAUUCUCCAAGGCAGAAGCUAACAGGUGCUACAAAUUGUGACUCCUUCAGGAAACAAUAGUAAAAUACAAAUUGUGACUCCUUCAGGAAACAAUAGUAAAAAGAAAAAUUCUACUGUAAUCAUUCCCAAAAUUGAUGGGGAAAUACAAAAUGAUGAAGCAGAAGAGCAGAAAGAUGAAGCAGAAUGAGACCUAGUGAAGCCAAAUUUGACUGAAAAGUGCCAUUUACUUUAGCUGAAGUAGCUUGAAUUCUUCCUCUCCUUGUAGAGCCAGCUGGUUGGCUUGUACAUUUUGAUUAAUUGUGCAAUAUGUUUAGUUUCUGUUAAUUCUUUUGUUGACCUUGUUACUUCUGGAGGAAAACAAAUCAUAGUAAGUUGAAAUUUUAUUGUAAUUGUGGUAGCCCCUACGUUGUGCUUAAAAAAAAAAACAACAAAACCCAGUAUUUGUGAUCAUACGUUCUCAAAAAUGUGUCAUAAUGAAGUCAGUUUUAUCCUAAAACAAGAAGUAAGUUGUAUUCAAAAUAUAGCAACUUACUUGUAACAUAUGUUUAUGCCACACGAACCUUGUCUCAAUUAACGUGGAGCAUAUUACAGAAAAUGACUUAAAGUCACAGAUAAUUUUUUUUUUUUAAGAAAUGACAGAUUUUGAAAUGCACAGCACCAUUCUUUAAACAAAACAACAAAUUCUGUCCCAGAAGUGGUUGAUUUCUCUCAGGCUAUCCUAAGGAGACAUUAUGUGAAAACACACAUAAAGGUAAUUGCUGGCAUUAAACAAGUAAAGCAAUUGUAAUUGCUGCAAGUAUUUAUUAGGGAAAUGGUUGUGUAGUGUUUCUAAUAAAAUGUAAUGCUAUAGUACCUAGAUUUCCAAGGUGUAAGUGCCAUUCGUGACAUGUACAAUAAAUACGGUUAAUCAAUCAACUGCCAAACCA